CACAAACGUUGAUCUAUAUCUUUGAUACUUACAAAACUAUCCCCUAUUACUAGAACCCUCUAGAACCUUCUAGAACUCUCGCAGAAUAUCUUAGAUAUUAUUAGCACCAGUAUCCUACCCAACAUUUCCAUAUCAAAUGCUCUUUGAUUAUUAUUAGCACCAUCCUGUCCUAGACUCUAAAACUCGAGAAAGAUGAUACAACUUCUGUUUACACUUGUAUUUUCCGAAAUGUUUCUCAUUCUGACUCUUUUAUUUAGAACCCCUCUCAGGAAUGUUUUGAUCAGGGGUUUGGAUAAGGUGAAGCAGGGGAGGGUUCCCAUAAUGGCACAGACCGUAGCCGGUACUUUGAUUGUGGUUUUAGCUUCCAGCUUAUAUAGUAUAAUCAAAAUCCAGAGACGUAAUAUUGAUGGUGCUACAACUAACCCAACUGAUCAGGUUCUUCUAGCAAAUCAGCUUCUCGAAGCGUCGCUUAUGGGAUUUACCCUAUUUCUAGCGGGGAUGAUAGAUAGACUACACUAUUAUAUCAAACAGCUACAAGAGCUAAGAAAGAGUUUGGAGGACAUGAAAAACAGAGAAAUGGAUGCUUUUGAGAAAGAAAUUCCUGCAGUGAAGACUAGGAACAAGCAACCGGAAUCAGAAUCGAAGAGAGAGAUGAAGGAAGCAAAUCCCAAAGCUGUCAAAGAAAUCAACAACACAUGAGCAAGGGCAGAUCCAGAAAUGCAUGGAGUGGGCUAAUCUAUUUUAGGGUGAGCUACUAGUACUAAUUUUUAUUUUUAUUUUUAUUUUUUUUAUAUUUGGUUGGACUAAAAUUGCCUCGAAUAAAUUUUUUUGUGGGGGUGGGCUCAAGCUCAACAGAACCCACCCCUGAAUUCGCCGGAUCGAAACAUGGAUGAUUAAAUAAAUCAUAUGUCCCUUGCAUAUUUCUAUGUAUAUACAUAAUACUUAUAUAGUUUUCUCUUA